UGCAAGUAUUGUUGUUGGGUAUUUUACAGGAAUAUUCUCUGCAGAUGCUCAGUUUGUGCUGAUGUGUUUUGCGCUGCAACAUUGCAGCACAGCAUGGUGACAUGAUCUGUCUGACACACUGUCUGACUGUUGACCUACUUCCCUCUCAUGUGGGUCAUAGUUGUGAGAUACUCCACCACAGUCAUGCUCAAUGCUUAAAAUACUCAUAAGGUGUAAAAAAUAAACAAAACCCCCCACUUAUCAUGCAAGAAAUUGUUUGAUCUCUUUCUCACAAAGUGAGGUUUGCAGGGAUUUGCUGCAGUUGUGACGCUGAUUAGAUUCUAAAAUUAUCACAGAUGUUUGGCUUUCAUAAGCCGAAAUGUACAGGAGUUUGGACGGCUGCUGCAUCUGCCGUGCCAAGUCGUCAAGUUCUCGUUUUACGGACGCAAGCGGUAUGAGAAGGAGUUCAGGAGCUGUUUUUGGGUUAGUGAAACCAGAUCUGGAGAAAUCUGUAAUGCCUGGUACUCCUGGUGAAGAGAUGGAAGAAAGCUUCCUGUGGGGACCAAGAAGAAUUGGAAUCAUGUGGUUGAUGCCAGAGGAGGUCCAAGCCCUAAAGGUAACAUCAAGGGCAAAAAAGAUCAAAUCCAUCUCCAAGAAAGCACGGCCGAUCCAGAUCAGCCGACUACAGAAAGAGUUUAAAAGAAACAAUUCAGACUCCCACAGCACCACCUCCAGUGCUUCUCCGGCUCAUUCUCCGAGCUACAGCAACCUGUCAGACGACGGUUCUGACGCAGAGCUCAGUCCUGGAUCCAGCCGCUCCCCUGUCUUUCUCCUUUCUGGAUAUACAUACUGGAAGAGGCAAAGGGUGUGCUGUGGAAUCAUCUACAAGGGCCGCUUUGGGGAGGUGCUCAUUGACCCCCAUCUGUUCAAACCAUGUUGCCGCAAAAAACAACGUCAGCAGGGGCCAGACGAGGAGGAAGAUGAAGAAGAGGAUGACGAGGAGGAGGAAGAGGUAGAGGAAAGCCAGGCAGGUGCGGAAGUCGGUGUACAGAAAUCCCACGUGGAAGAGGAAGUGAAGGAGACGCAGCUGAGCGACGAAAACACGCAGGCUGCUCAGCUACGUGUUUCCGUGACAACACCAGCUCCAAAGAGGAGUGGGCUGGCGGAGGACGAGCCGUGGUGAGGUUGUUCCCGCGUCUCUCUGCACACGUCUCUGAAGAAAUCUUGGGGUGCAGUUGUUUCUUGAGCACUCGGAGACAGAAGUGGCCUCAGAUUGCCUUCAAUG